CGUUUGGUCCGGCACGGUCACCCUGCCCAGCACUACUAUAGUACACAUAAUCAUAGUUCGGGAUAGCUUAUUUACUUUGGAAAAUAUGUCCUCGGAACUAAUAGCAACAGUUUUUGUUGCAAUAUCAUUAAGGUCAAUUAUAUCAAUGAGCUCCUACUCUGGAUUUAAUAAGCCGCCGAUGUUUGGUGAUUAUGAAGCUCAGCGACACUGGCAGGAAGUUACAUUUAAUUUAGAAGUAAAAUUGUGGUAUACUAAUAGUACGCGCAAUGACCUACAGUAUUGGGGAUUAGAUUAUCCACCCCUUACAGCAUAUCACAGUUAUUUACUUGGCCAUGUAGCAGAGAAACUUAAUAAAAGCUUUGUUGAAUUAUACAAGAGUAGAGGUCUUGAAUCAAAGGAGCACAAGAGUUAUAUGCGCUUUACAGUUUUAGCAGCGGACGCUUUCAUUUUUAUUCCUGCUAUAUUGGCUUUGUCUAUUUUUAUGGAUCGCACUUUUAAAAAAAACUUGAGGCAACAAAUGCAACUACUCUUCGCAAUAUAUCCAGGCCAAAUAUUAAUCGACAAUGGACACUUUCAGUACAAUAACAUAUCCCUUGGACUCGCAUCUGUAGCUGUCGCUGCUUUGCUGUGUGAUCAAAAUUACUUUGCAGCUUUUACCUUUACGUUGGCUUUGAAUUAUAAACAAAUGGAGCUAUACCAUGCCUUGCCGUUCUUUGCUUACCUCCUGAGCAAAUCUCUUUCUGAAAAAAGUGUAAACUCGGCCGUUAAAGAGCUUACUAAAGUAGCUACCAUUGUGCUAUUCACUUUUGUGAUUUUAUGGUAUCCCUGGUUAAAUUCAACUCAUUCAACUGCAGAAGUAUUCCACCGCCUCUUCCCUCUUGGACGUGGGGUAUUUGAAGACAAAGUCGCCAAUGUUUGGUGCAGCAUUAAUAUCGUUUAUAAAUUAAGAAAAUACAUAAGUAAUCACAAAAUGGCAUUAAUUUGUUUUGGAACUACAUUAUUAGCAGCUCUACCUAUUAAUGUGCAUCUCUUUUUCCGGCGAAGUAAAUACACAUUCAUUUUAACUUUAUUUAAUACAGCUGCUGCAUUUUUCUUGUUUUCAUUUCAAGUUCAUGAAAAGUCAAUUUUGCUUGUAGCACUGCCGUCCUUUUGCUUAAUUUACUGGUGGCCAACGGAAAUGCUAUGGUUUCUUAAAGUUUCCGUUUUCAGUAUGAUUCCACUCCUAAAAAAAGAUAAUUUGUUAGUUCCAACAGUGGCUCUUAUGAUUAUUUUUCGUUUCACUUUUAAAAAUUGGGUGUUCAAAACGGAUGACAUUACUAUAUCUAAAAGGUAUUUUAAAAUGUCAAUUGAACAAGUCUCAGAAAUUUUAAUGAUUGCCACUUUGUUAGCGUUUUUAUUAAUAGAACCACCGUCUAGGUUUCCGGACACUUGGCCAUUAAUAAUUUCUAUAAUAAGUUGUGGUCAUAUAUUAAUAUUUCUAAUUUGGGGUUAUACCAAACAGUUAACGUAAAUCUUAUUAAUAAAAAACUUGAUAAAUCGAA